UUCCGUGGCAAUGAGUUCGCAUGGACAGACUCCGCAUACGCACUCAACAGCCGCACAAUUCCCGUCCACAAGAAGCCGGCUUCUCUCCGUCGCGAAAAUGCCAUUUUUGAUCGCAUGGUAUCACAUCUCCGUGUCCACAGCGAGCAUUGCAUGGGUGCUCUGAAGGGCUGCUUUCAGUGCUUGCGGGGCCUUCGUGUCACAAUCAACUCGCCCAAGGCUCAUUUCAAGGCGACCCACUGGAUCAAGGUUGCCAUCAUUCUCCACAAUCUCAUUAUUGAUAUCGAAGGGGAGGUGUCAGGUGCACGAUUCGGUGAGCUACACACAAGUGUGGAGGAGGAGGAGGAUGCAGGUACACUUGAUGAUCAGUUGGACUUAGGGCAAGAUGAGGAUGAGGGGGAGGCAAAGAGGGAAUGUCUUGUUGCGGAAUUAUUAGCAUAUCGUGCACAGUGUAUGGGUGUUGUAUAA